AUGAAAUACUUGGCCGCUUACUUGUUGCUUGUUCAAGGUGGUAACACCGCUCCUUCCGCUGCUGACAUCAAGUCCGUGAUUGAAUCCGUUGGUGUCGAAGCCGAUGAAGCCAGAAUCAACUCCUUGUUGACUUCUUUGGAAGGCAAGGGUUCCAUCGAGGAGAUCGUUGCCUUGGGUGAAACCAAGUUGGCUUCUGUCCCAACCGGCGGUGCUGCUGCUGCCUCCGCUGGUGGUGCCGCCGCUGGUGGUGCUACCGAAGAGGCCGCCGAGGAAGAAAAGGAAGAAGAGAAAGAAGAAUCCGACGACGACAUGGGUUUCGGUUUGUUCGACUAA